AUGCGUAUAACGCGGUACUCGCGUGCCAGUGGUAGAGGCAGCUACUAUCACCGUGGUGCUGUAAAAUUGUAUCGCCGACGCGGUGGCCCCAAUGGUCAAAUUCCGCGAUCCUACACAAACCAAAGCCAACCUCCCGCCUACACCCCGUACCAUGGGCAGACCGUGCGUCGAUCACGACCUGUGUCGCCGAACGAAGGAUUGUUGUUGUCGCGACAACACGACAGAACGUUGCAGCGAUCGUCGCGGGAACGGUAUCGCACGGAAGAAUACAUCCGACGGAGCGCGAGCCACGAUCGCAGUUUAUCAUCCGUGUUAAGCGACAUAAGUUCUGGCAGCAGUUGUUUCGGUACGGUGCGGGCAAGCGAAGCGUACGGCAGUCCGGUAUACGAGGAUCUCACGGACGAUGAAGUCCGCUCGCUGGAUGAAAUGACCGAAUCUUCCAUGAACCUGUCCGUAGCACCACCGCCCGUUUUAAAACACAAGAAACGCAAGAAGGACAAGCGCAAGAAAGAAAAGGCACGGCUACGUGAGCGGAAACGGGCGAAAAAAGGUAAGCGUCGGCAGAAGGAAAUCCUCGAGGAGCGUAUAUGUCCGCCCGAGCAUGAGGUAGCCCAGUCGAAGGAAAUAUUCGCAUCUGGGCAAAACAUUCUGGUAAGCGUCAGCUUCAUCGACAAUGAGAAGACGAAGGAUCGGUCCGACAGGCACAGGAAAAGCAAGCGAAAGAAGGCCAAGAAAGAAAAAACGCGCGAAAAGCUAAUCGUUACCAAAGAGGAACGUGCAUCCGAUGUGGCAACGUCCGCCCGAACACCACACCGGGACAGUUCUAGCCCGGCGCGGGAGCUGGAACCGCCGGACGUCAAAGAGAAGUAUAACGCGAAGCAACAGUCAGCGCAAACAGAGCAGGAAAAGAAGCAAGAUCACCAGCAGCAACAGCAACAACAAAAUGAACAACAUUCAACGGUGCACCAAUCACCGGAACAGAAGAUUCCUCCGGCAAAGAAAAAGAAACUAGAUCCAGGCGUUAAGCCUGUGAUGGUGAUUGAUCUAGAACGAUCUCCAAGUGGACAGGUAAUAUCCAGCCCGAAGGAAGUCAUCGUGCUAAGUGACGAAGAGGGCAAACGGACGUUAACGCAACGGGUCGGUAAGGAGGAGAUAAAACCGAACGAAGCAGAUCAAAGCAAUCGUGGUCCCAACACGCCACCGGAACCUGCCCCAAAAUCGCCCGACUCGUACGAUCCAUUCGAACCUACAAAAUCCUCGCCCAGCACGGCUAUUUCAAGGCACGAUUUGGGUAGCAUAUCAUCGCUCAGCUUUCUGGAACAUCACACCCAUCAGGAUGAGCAGAAGGAAACGAAAAAUGACUUCCACCACCAUGCGCUUGCUCAGCAUAACCUGCCACACCACCAUCACCAUCAUCAUCAUCAUCUGCUCCAUCAUCCACACCACGGGCAUGCCCAUCAUCAUGGCCAGGAACGAUUGAUGGCAUCAUCCGAUCAGCAGAGUGGUACCGGUGCUGCCUUCGGAAAUGAAGAUGGUGUGCUCGAUCUUCAUCCAGGCUCACCGUUCGAAAAGAUCAACAUUCUGAACAACAGCCCUGGGCGUACGGCCACUGCAGGCAUGCCGUACCAUCAUCUGCAUCAUCCGUCGCCGAUGAAGGCGAUUAUUAAAUCGAUGCCGAAGAAGCUGCUUGCCUCGGGUGGCUCUGGUCGUGAUACGCGAUCGCACGGCAUGGUAGGCAAAUCGAGCCUGACGAAUGCUACGGUCGGUGGUGGUGGUACGACCAGUGGCGGUGCGACUACAAGUGGUGGCGUUCCAUUCGAGGACGAACUGAAUGAUGGUGACAUUUCGCCCUAUUCGCCACGAUCGAGCGACUGCGACGAGCAGAUGUUCGAACCGCCGAACCACGAUGGUAACGGGGAAACGCAAACCAUCGCGUUGACCGUGGACAACCUGCGCAAGGUAUUCGGUAACGAUCCCAAAACGCUGUACGGCGAUCUUCGGAAAAGCUAUCAGCAUCGAUCGGUGAUAGCGGUGGAUGAAAUGUAUAAACCUCAUAAAAUGACACUAGAAAUGUUGGAUGAAAUACCAGACUCUGCAGUUGAUAUGCAGGUGAAGGAAAAGCUUAUCAAAAAGCUUCAACGACAGGAACGAAUUGUGGAAGAGGUGAAACAUUUCCUAAAGCCUCACUUCAACAAAAAACGCAUCGACAAAGACGAAUACAAGGAAAUAAUGCGAAAAUCCAUCCCGAAGAUAUGCCACAGUCGUUCGGGAGAAAUCAAUCCGGCCAAGAUACAGGCCCUAAUAACGGCGUACGUAAAGAAAGCAAUCGCCAAGCGGAAACUAAUCGGUGGGGAGGGUUCCGCUUCCGGCACACCGCUGGUACAUCUGGGCAGUUACGGGCUUCCACCGGAACCGACGGCAACCGCAACAACGGCAACACUGCCACCGGUGAUGUUAAUGAACCGUUGA